AUGACCAACAAACACCCCCGCAAACCCUGCAUCUCGACCUCCUCACUCGGCCAAGUGCGCAAAAUCUACAUGUCAAAGAUGACCGAGCAGGGCUGUUCCCGGACCCUGAAGGACAAGUGUAGAGACAUAUGGGACAAAGUGAUCGAUGACGCUGUGGAGGCAGAUGCCGAAUGUUCCGGACCGAUGUGGUCAUAUGGGUAUGGAAAGGAACUGGAACCACUUUACAUUCCGGACAAACCAAACGGAGUCCAGAAGAAGGAAAACGGAAAACAGGCACACACUGAGGGAAGUACCGAGUCCGAGACGGAAAGUGAGGAGGAGAGCAAUUCCGAGACGGAGGUGGAAAUUGAUCCGAGUCUGGAUGGGAGUGAGUGCGAGUGUAGGUCUGGGUGUGCGUGCGCUUGCGCUUGUUGUCGCGUGGAGUAUCCCGAGAGUUUGGUGGGAAGUGGUGGGGAGAGUGAGGCGGAGAGUUUACUUUCUUGUGGGUUGGAUGCCGGGGAGGGGGAUGAUGAGUAG